UGCAAUGUCGGGGUGUGCGAACCAGAGAGGAGGAAAGAAACUUUUCCCCUUCUCUUUCACCCUCGCUGUCUCCCUCCUUCUCCCCCAGCCCCCCAGAGAUUUAUCCUUCGAGUUUGGGACCAAAGAGAGGAGCAUGGAUCUUGGUACAGCUGAAGGCGCUCUAUGCCCCGACCCACCCUCAGGAAAACCCGCGAUGGCGGCCAAGCGCAAAGGCGGCCUGAAGCUCAACGCCAUCUGUGCCAAGCUGAGCCGCCAGGUGGUGGUGGAGCAGGGAGCAGAAGCAGGCCUCCGGCCAGAAGGCGGCCAGGGCAACCCCCUGCGGCCGCGGGAGAAGGAGCAAGGCGCUGGGGCAGAGGCCAAGGUCACCCAGACACCCCGGAGUGAGGAAGACAGGCGGCGGGCCGUGAUCGAGAAGUGGGUCAAUGGGGAGUACAGUGAGGAGCCGGCCCCGGCCCCCAUCAUAGGGCGCAGCAUCCGUGAGGGCCUCGAGCUGCCCCCCGAGGGGGUCUACAUGGUGCAACCCCAGGGGUGCAGCGAUGAGGAGGACCAUGCUGAGGAAGCGCGGGGGCCCACCUCCCAGAGCAGCAGCUUCCUAGAAGAACGGGACUCAGAGGGAACAGCCCCCAAAGAGGAGGGUGGGCACAGCACCAAGCAGGCUUCAGGAGAAGCUUCUUCCCUCCGUGACUACGCGGCCACCACCAUGAACGAGUUCCUGGGUAUGUUUGGCUACGAUGACCAGAACAUGAGGGACGAGCUGGCCCGCAAGGUCAGCUUCGAGAAGCUCCAUGCCAGCACGGCCCCUGAGGCCUCGCCCGCGCCCCCAACCUCGGAGGAUAGCAAGCGGGCCAGGUACUCCAAGUAUGAGGAGUACAUCCGCAAGCUGAAGGCCGGCGAGCAGCUCCAGUGGCCCAUCCACGCCGCCAAGGCCGAGGAGAGAGCGGGCAAGGAAGCGGGGCCCAUGCCGGGCCUGCGGCUGCCCAGCAACACGGCCAACCUGGAGACCAAGGCCACCAUUCUUCCCCUUCCCUCUCACAGCAGCCCCCAGAUGCAGGGGCUGGUGGCACGGGCCUCCAAGUACGACUUCUUCAUCCAGAAGCUGAAGACCAGCGAGAGCAUGAGGCCCCAGAACGGGAACACGUACAAGAAACCGUCCAAGUAUGACUUGGAGAACGUCAAAUACCUGCAUCUCUUCAAGCCCGGGGAGGGCAACCCGGACAUGGGGGGCGCCAUCGCCUUCAAGACCGGCAAGGUGGGCCGCCCCUCCAAGUACGACGUCCGCAACAUCCAGAAGCUGGCCCCCACCAAGGUACCCCCCGCCCCCAGCCUGGCCCCCGCGCCCCUGGCCAGCACGCCCAGCGCCGCCCCCGUGGUGGGGCCCGAGCCUCCCGUCUCCCUGCCUUUCAACACCCCUGAGUACCUGAAGUCGACCUUCUCCAAGACGGAUUCCAUCACCACGGGGACUGUGUCCACCGUCAAGAACGGAUUGCCCACAGAUAAGCCAGCUGUCACCGAAGAUGUAAAUAUUUACCAGAAAUAUAUUGCCAGGUUCUCUGGCAGUCAGCACUGUGGCCACAUACACUGUGCAUACCAGUACCGGGAACACUACCACUGCCUGGACCCCGAGUGCAACUAUCAGAGAUUCACCAGUAAGCAGGAUGUGAUCCGUCACUACAACAUGCACAAGAAGAGAGACAACUCCCUGCAACACGGCUUCAUGCGCUUCAGCCCCCUGGACGACUGUAGCGUCUACUACCAUGGCUGUCACCUCAAUGGCAAGAGCACACACUACCACUGCAUGCAGGUGGGCUGCAACAAAGUCUACACAAGCACCUCGGACGUCAUGACCCAUGAGAACUUCCACAAAAAGAACACUCAGCUCAUCAACGACGGCUUCCAGCGCUUCCGGGCCACUGAAGACUGCGGCACUGUGGACUGCCAGUUCUACGGGCAGAAAACCACCCACUUCCAUUGCAGGCGGCCCGGGUGCACGUUCACAUUCAAGAACAAGUGCGACAUCGAGAAGCACAAGAGCUACCACAUCAAGGACGAUGCGUACGCCAAGGACGGCUUCAAGAAGUUCUACAAGUACGAGGAGUGCCGGUACGAGGGCUGCGUGUACAGCAAGGCCACCAACCACUUCCACUGCAUCCGCACGGGCUGCGGCUUCACCUUCACGUCCACCAGCCAGAUGACUUCCCACAAGCGCAAGCACGAGCGGCGCCACAUCCGCUCGUCGGGGGUGCUGGGGCUGCCCGCCUCGCUGCUGGGCACCAAGGACAACGAGCAGGAGGAGUCCAGCAACGACGACCUCAUUGACUUCUCGGCCAUGAGCAGCAAGAACUCCAGCCUGAGCGCCUCCCCCACCAGCCAGCAGUCGUCCGCCUCCCUGGCGGCGCCCGGCGAGGGCCAGCCCGCGGCCGCCGUGGCCAAACCACCCAACAGCAAGCUGUCCGGCCUGCUGCCCCAGGCGCUGCCCAGCAAUAUCCCGCUGGCGCUGGCACUCUCCAACUCGGGCAUACCAGCCGCCGGGCCCUUCUUCCCCCUCCUGCCCGGCCGGGUGAGCACGCCCAUGCCCGUGGGCACCGCCAACCUGAUGGGCGCUGCCUCGUCUGGGGCCGGCGCGACCGGAGCCCCCGACACGCCCACCCCGGCCGGCUCAGGGCCGGGCGACUCUACGCCGGCCGCCUCCACCUCCUCCCCGGCCCCCACAGCCUCCAUCAUGGAGAGGAUCUCUGCCAGCAAGGGCCUCAUCUCCCCCAUGAUGGCCAGGCUGGCCGCAGCCGCCCUCAAGCCUUCUGCAGCUUUCGAAGCCGGGAAUGGGCAGCAGCAGCAGCAGAUCCCCCCUGGACGGUUCCCCCCAACCCAAGUGAAGCAGGACCCUGGCGAGAACCCCUCGACCUCCUCCUCAGGCUCCCAGGAGACCCUGCAGGACCGUAGUCUGGACCUCAGCGUGAAAGAACACAGCAAUGAAUCAAAUGGCCACGCACUUGCAGCAAAUUCAUCUCUUUUAUCCUCGCUUAUGAAUAAGAUGUCCCAGGGCAGCCCCAGCCUCGGAAGCCUGCUGUACAUCAAGACUGAGGCAGAAGGCGGCCCCACUGGAGAGCCCUCUCCCUACUUGGGAAAGGCUGUGAAGAGCCUGGUUCAGGAGAAGUUGUCUGAGCCCUGGAAGACAUACCUGCGCAGGUUCGGCACCAAGGAUUUCUGCGAUGCUCAGUGCGACUUCUUGCACAAAGUUCACUUCCACUGCGUGGUAGAAGAGUGUGGCGCUCUGUUCAGCACCCUGGACGGGGCCAUCAAACAUGCCAAUUUCCACUUCCGAACGGAGGGAGGAGGAGCUGUAAAGGGAAACGCUGAAGCUUCCUUCCCAAACACGGCUGCUGCGGAGACCAAGCCCUCCUUGGCCCCGUCUUCGCCUCCAGCACCUUCCGUUACCACAGCGGCGGCGGCAGCAGCAGCAGCAGGGACCACCGCCAGCCUGGAGGUGCCCACCGCCAGCCCGGCCACCGUGCCCUCUGCCCCGACCCUCCUCGCCUGGAAGCAGCUGGCUUCCGCCAUCCCCCAGAUGCCUCCAAUUCCGUCAUCGGUGCCGGGUAUGGCUGCUUCGCCCUUGGCCACGACUUCUCUAGAAAACGCCAAGCCCCAAGUCAAACCUGGAUUCCUCCAGUUCCAGGAGAACGACCCCUGCCUCGCGAAUGACUGCAAAUACGCCAACAAGUUCCACUUCCACUGUCUCUUCGGAAACUGCAAGUACGUCUGUAAGACCUCCGGCAAGGCCGAGUCCCACUGCCUGGACCACAUCAACCCUAGCAACAACCUGGUGAAUGUGCGAGACCAGUUUGCUUACUAUUCACUGCAGUGUCUCUGUCCAAACCAGCACUGUGAGUUCCGGAUGCGAGGCCACUACCAUUGCCUCCGGCCCGGCUGCUACUUCGUGACGAACAUCACAACCAAGCUGCCCUGGCAUAUAAAGAAGCACGAGAAGGCAGAACGCCGGGCAGCCAACGGGUUCAAGUAUUUCACCAAGCGCGAGGAAUGCGGGAGGCUAGGCUGCAAGUACAACCAGGUCAAUAGCCAUUUCCACUGCAUCCGAGAAGGCUGCCAGUUUUCCUUCUUGCUCAAACACCAGAUGACGUCCCAUGCCCGGAAGCACAUGCGGAGGAUGCUGGGGAAGAACUUUGACAGAGUUCCCACUCAGGGACCUCAGAACCUGAUGGACACAGAGACGGACGAGUACAUGGAUUACACCGGCUGCAGCCCCGGGGCUGUCUCCUCCGAGUCCUCCAAUGUGGAUAGAAGUUGUUCCAGCACCCCCGUGGGCAAUGAGAGCACCUCCGCAGGGAACACCAUCACCAUGCCCACCGCCUCUGGAGCGAAGAAGCGCUUCUGGAUCAUCGAGGACAUGUCUCCUUUCGGCAAGCGCCGCAAGACGGCGUCGUCGCGCAAGAUGCUGGACGAGGGCAUGAUGCUGGAGGGCUUCCGGCGUUUCGACCUCUACGAAGACUGCAAGGACGCGGGCUGCCAGUUCUCGCUCAAGGUCACCCACUACCACUGCACGCGGGAGAACUGCGGCUACAAGUUCUGCGGGCGCACGCACAUGUACAAGCACGCGCAGCACCACGACCGCGUAGACAACCUGGUUCUGGACGACUUCAAGCGCUUCAAGUCGUCGCUGAGCUGCGACUUCCCCGACUGCCAGUGGUCCGGGAAUAGCACCCACUUCCACUGCCUGCGCUGCGGCUUCCGCUGCACGGACAGCACCAAGGUCACCGCGCACCGCAAACACCACGGCAAGCAGGACGUGAUCAGCGCCGCGGGCUUCUGCCAGUUCAGCUCGAGCGCCGACUGCGAGGUCCCCGACUGCAAGUACAAGCUCAAGUGCUCGCACUUCCACUGCACGUCCCCUGGCUGCAAGCACACGGUGGUGGGCAUGUCGCAGAUGGACUCCCACAAGAGAAAGCACGAGAAGCAGGAGCGGGGCGAGUUGAUGCCCGCCGUCAGCCCGGGGCCCGAGGGGCUCCCGGCCGGCCCCCCGGACCACGAGGCCCCUCGGGGCGGCGGAGGCGGAGGCGAAGGCGUCGGCCUCGACAGCUCGCUCAACCUGGGCGCAGAUCCCGGCGGUUCCCUCUUCUUCCUGCAGAAUGCGGCCGCGGGCCUGGGUCUCAACGACUCUCUGGACCUGAGCAAGAAGCCCCCCGAGGGCCAGGGCCCCUGCCCCGCCGACCCCCCGGAGGCGGUGCCCUGCUCCGCCGGGGGCCUGGACGACUCGUCCCAGGAGGAAGAGGAAGAAGAGCUGAAUGAAGAUGAGGAAGCGGAAGAGGACGACGACGAGGACGACGAGGACGACGACGACGACGAGGAUGAAGAGGAAGACGACGACGAGGACGACGACGACGACGAGGAGGAGGACCUGAACACGGAUUCCGAGGAAUCGCUCCCGGACGCCGCCCAAGGGGAAGCCUUUGGCCCCAAGGGCGCCGGGGGAGGGGAGGAGACGUGUCCCCUGAACCACGGCGAUGCUUCCCGGCCCCCCGCGGGAGACUUGACGGCUUCUACCUCCCCGUAGCCUCCCGGACGAGGCGUGUGGCUCGUUAGUUUGUUUGCUUGUUUCUUUUAAAGUAAGACACCACAGAGACCCAGGACCCCCACAGAGAAGAGAGCCCUCCAGCAUCUCCCGCGUGACCACGCCACAAAGCCCAAGGCUGGCCACCCCAGCCGGAAUCCCGACGUGGGCCCGGCCCAGCAGCCGAAGAGGGGGCAGAGGCCUGAGGCCGAGGCCGGGCGGGUCUACGGAGGUGGGGGGGGGGGAUUGGCUUCCGGUUUAGUAUGCAUAUGAAAUUGAAACUGGGGGAAGUAGGGGAGGGGAGCGUUUCCUCUCCUUGGGGGCCCAGGGCAGCCCUCCAGGCCUCGGAUUUUCCUCCGUUUCCCACUCCCGCUUCCUUUGGCGGUUUGGCUAGCUGGUGUCUCCCCAUGCCUUCCAUCACCCCGGAGGGGGUUGAGGAUGUGGGUCCCUUUAUCCCCACCCCCCUCUCCUUCCCCAAGAUAUAUUCCAACAAAAUGGCCUUGGCUCCGUGGGGUCUCCUUUUCCUCAAGCUCACUCUCCAGCAUUAAACAAAAGGGAGAGGAGGCUUCACACAUGGAGGGUUGGGGGAGGGGGUAUUUAUUGUUAAACAGAAAAGCAUUUAAUGAAAGCGUGGGGGUAGGGGCUGGGGCGCUCGAUCCAUUCUUCCAGUCCCUCUUCCCGGGAUCUUUCCUCAUUAUAUUAUCCUUUGUUUUGUUUUUUGUUUGUUUGUUUGUUUUUUUAAGAUAUUUAUAUGUAAAGCCUCCCUCUGUACAGAGAUGUUCGUUUGGAUGCCUGGUUGUGGUCUGGCCGCAAGAGCAGGGGCAGGGACGCCAGGCCACCCAGGGGGAAGUGGGAGAUCCUGGGAGUCCCCUUGGGAGAGAACCCAAGUCUGUCCCACCCCGGGCCUACUGGGACUCAGGUUUCCCUCUUCCCACACACCCACUCUUCCUCCUUGCACCCAUCAAUCCCUAGCACCUCCCCAGAGUCUAGAGGGGUAGGGGGGAGGCCCAGCCACCUCUGGAAAGGGGCGAGGAGCCUCGAGCAAUACCCGCCUCGGGUGCUGGUGGCAGCCUAACCCCCCCCCCAACUCCCCACCGCUACCCUGGCCUUGGCAUUCCACUUGGGGCCCUGGGGGAGCGCAGCUCAGGGAGGGAAGGUUGUCACCAAAGCAGAGGGGAGGAUCACAGAAAUCCGAACCCCAACCCCAGGCAGACCGCGCAGGACCCCUUCUGCCGUCUCCGCUGCUGAGGACAAACGCGGAGGGACCUCGGUGAACUUUGUAGUUGGACUUUGGGUGUUUUCUUCAGGGAAACAGUUUUUGUCAAUGGGUGGGAAGUGGAGACACCCCCGCUGGGGACAGAACCCCCUACGUGACCCAGAGCAGCUGAUCCGCCCGCCCGGGCUUGAGUAGGUCUUCUGCCGGUGACCGGAGACCCCUCCUACCCCCUUAAACACCCCCUCUCCCCAAGGGACUAUUUAUUGCUCAGGACUGUGACAAUUCUCACGAGGGCUACUGUGAACCCUCCAGCUCCAGUGACCGUCCCCACCCUCAGGGCUAUCUGGAGCCAGCCCUUACCGGCCCUUACUCCCGGGGCCUUCCCCCCCCCCCCACGUAUCUCACUGGGCCCUCAGGAGUGGGGAGCGGAGGAGCUUGCUCAUGGAGAGCCCCAGGUAUUGAGCAGCGGUCGGGGCUCAGCGUGCUGAGCGGUGCCUCCCAGCCCCACCCCCUCUUCUCCCAUCCUCCGCCCCGGCCCCGUUCCUGGCGGGAGAGAAAAGCACUUCGUGGACGCGUCACUGCAGGAGAUUGUCAAGGAAAUCUCAUGGAAUCAACUGAACUGGGAAAGCUUUGCUAGACUUUGCCCCGAUUUGGUGGCCCCAAAGAUCCCCCAGACCUAGGGGGCAUUUUCUACCCCCCCUUUUUUCUGAAAGGUUGGGGUGAGGAAGAAAGAGUGUCAGCUUUUUUUCCUUUUAACUUCCCAACCCCACCCUGGGAACAAAACCCAGGGUAAACUUGCCGUUUACAUCUAUCCUAAGAGGGGAGGACUGAAUGGUGCUGAUGGAGAGAAGGAAAAAAAAAAUGGGGCUGAAGGAGAUGAGGGGGGAGGGGGGGAGCUCUUCACAGCCAGCGGCUCAGGUCGUGGCAAGCAGGGCGGAUGUGACUGUUGGCUUUAAUAUUCAGAAAUGAAAAAGAAAAAUUUACAAAAAAAAAAGUUGUACAGUAUUUUUCCUGUAAAGGUUAUUAUUCUAUGUAGAACAAAAGAGAAAAGGAAAAAAAAAGAGAUCUGGGGUGCUGGAGGGGAGAAACUGCUUCUUGGCUUCCUGGCCACUCACCUGCCUUCUGGACUAGCCCUUAGGUUCGGUAACUUGUGUGCAAUCUCUCUCGAGGGUUUUUGUUUAGUAUUUUGUUUAGAGGCCUUAACGGUUUUGAGGUUGCCUGUCUUCACACUCUAGGACCGAUGAGAGGUGUGGGAUUCCUACUCUUGACUUGAAUUUUGUAGUAGGGGGGAAAAUAUUGAUAAUACAAGUUUGUAGUUAAUUUAACAUUUUGGGGGUUUUCCCUCUUAGUUCUUAUACUUGUGUGGCUUCUUAAGGCUGCCGGAUCCCUUAUCUAGUUUCUGCUGCUGCUUUGCUGGUGUAGCUCUCAAGUUGGCCCCAAUCCACCUUCAAAGUAGUCUUCCCCUUCCCUUCUCCCCUAGCAAUGAGGGGGGAAAUAGAGCCAGUCCCUGAGCUGGGGUGAACCAAGCUACUGGUAACUCCAACACCAGACCCUCUUCCCAUCCUCAUCGAGGGGUUUUUGAGGACUCCUGUGCGGUUGGGAAACUGUCUCUAAUCAAGAGACUGUCUCUUCUUAGCUUCUUCUCCAUCCUGUAGGCCUUGGCCGCCAUCUUGUCUGAGGUUCUGAAAUUCAAUGAGUUGAGUGGGAGCUAGUUUGACCACCUCUCUCAAGGCUGGUCCCCCUCCCUGGACAGUGUCACUGGACAGUCCCUCCCCCCAACUCCUUCCAGCCCUAACACACCUCCCCCACCUUCUCAUUUGUCCUUUACAAUGGUUUGGUUGUUGGUUUUUUGCUUUGGGUUUUGUUUUUUUUAACUGAAAAUGGGGGGAAAAAACCCAAACCAAGCCCGGUACAACCUAUCCAACCAGCUGGUUCUAUGUUUUAUUUUUUGUUCCUUUGGCCGCCCACAGCCUAGAGAGACACACCCACCUGAGUGAGCUUGGAAGGGAAAAGAUUGGGGAGGAGAGGUCAGAUGGAGUAUUACUGAUUAAACCGAAAAAAGAACAAAAUCAAUUUAAAACAACACCCUCUCCCCCUCCCCCACCCCUCACCUCCCCACCCGAAGGCUCCUCCUGAGCUCUGUGACCACCUCCAGCUACCGAAGAGAAGCAAUCACCAUCGCCCUGUCAUCGUCAUCGUUCUAAGCCACAAAAACUGGAUUCAGUCUGUGGAAGGAAUUUUGUAAAGAAAACAAAAUAAUAAACCAUUUUUCAAUGUAGCAACAAAAAAAAAAAAGAAAAAAGAAGAUGAGGACAGAGUGCGAAGUCUAGCCUUUUGUAAUAUAUUGCACAUUAGGACUACAAGCCAUUGCUAGCUCAUUUCGAAUUUUAAUGUGUAAUUUUUGUUUUAUUUUCUUUCUGUGGGGGAAAAAUGCUUGAUCCACCAACACUCUUUUUAAUGUUUUAUAACUAUGUAUGUGUAUAUAUAUAAAUAUAAAAUAAUAUGUAUGCACAUAUAUAUGUGUGUGUAUAUAUCUAUAUGUAUAUACAUAUAUAUAGAUAUAUAGAUAUAUAGAGAGGUUUUGAGACAAAAAAAUGCAGAAAGUGAAAACUGAACAGAGCAGUGUGUACUCCGAUUACUUGAAUCUGGUCUCCGCGGCACCUGCGUUAUUAAGAACUGAAUAUUUUUCCACUUGAAUUUAGUGCUAUUAGAAAUUUAAUAUAUGUGUUUUAUUUAUUUGAUUUUUUUUUUGCAUGACUGAUGCAAGGUUUGACAUUUUCACUCAAUAAAA